CCUCCCUCCAGCUGUUUCUCUGGCAGACUUCUGUCCCAUUCAGGACAGCAGCCCCAGCGAGUGAGGAGCUCAGGACAGCACGAGGUCUCCCGAAGAGCCUCCUGAGGGCUGAGGCUGUUCUUGGGGGGGAGGCUGCAAUCCGACGGGUUCCGGAGCAUCUUGAAUGAAUGGACGGACUGCCUUCUGGGCACACAGCCACAGCCAGAGCACAGUGUGGCCGAGAGAAAGAAGUGGGGCCACACGGGUCCCCUGCACAGCCUCCAGUGGCCUGAAGGACUCCCCAGAAGUCCAGGGGAACCCUUGGGAAGACCCAGGCAGAGACCAGCCACAAGUUUUGCAGUGAUGGGCACAACAGGAUCGAGAAAGUAGAAUUUCUUGCCCUGCUGGGUGGAAUGGAGAGGUGGUAAUUCUACCCAGCGCUAUCCAAGAAGGAAAGAUAUACGUGGUCACAGACUCCACAGCCGCUUGCUCUAGCGUUUGGAGCCCAUCUCUGCCUCCGAAUCUCCUGUCACCUCAUGUCCUCCUCUGUAAGGACCCAUGUGAGGAUGCUGGGCCCACCUGGAUAAUCUGGGAUAAUAUCCCCCAUCUCAAGACCCUUGACUCAAUCCCAGCUGCAGCGUCCGUUUUGCCAUGUCAGGUGUUUCUGGCUGUGCCCAGGGACUGACUGGCCAAGGACCCCCGUCGGAGAGCCUUGGACACCCCAACAGUGAACGAGAAUGGGCGACGAGGAUUACAACACCUCCCUCGCCUAUGAUGACUACUCGGAUGAUUUUGACCCCAUUAUGGUCUUGGAGGAGUCUUCUCCCCUGGAAGGCAAGGUGGCCAGGAUCUUCCUGGUGGUGGUCUACAGCAUCGUCUGCUUCCUCGGGAUCCUGGGCAACGGGCUGGUGAUCAUCAUCGCCACCUUCAAGAUGAAGAAGACGGUGAACACCGUCUGGUUCCUCAACCUGGCCGUGGCGGACUUCCUGUUCAACAUCUUCCUCCCGAUCCACAUCGCCUACGCCGCCAUGGACUACCACUGGGUCUUCGGGACGGCCAUGUGCAAGAUCAGCAACUUCCUGCUCAUCCACAACAUGUACACCAGCGUCUUCCUGCUGACCGUCAUCAGCUUCGACCGCUGCAUCUCUGUGCUCUUCCCCGUCUGGUCGCAGAACCACCGCAGCGUGCGGCUGGCCUACGUGGCCUGCAUGGUCAUCUGGGUGCUGGCUUUCUUCCUGAGCUCUCCGUCCCUGGUCUUCCGGGACACGGCCCACGUGCAUGGGAAAAUAUCCUGCUUUAACAACUUCAGCCUGUCCGCGGCCGGCUCUGCCCCGUGGCCCACUCACACCCGCCUGGACCCCGUGGGCUUCGGCCGGCACAUGGUGGUGACCGUGACCCGCUUCCUCUGUGGAUUCCUGGUCCCCGUGCUCAUCAUCACGGCCUGCUACUUCACCAUCGUCUGCAAGCUGCGGCGCAACCGCCUGGCCAAGACCAAGAAGCCCUUCAAGAUCAUCGUGACCAUCAUCAUCACUUUCUUCCUCUGUUGGUGUCCCUACCACACGCUCUACCUGCUGGAGCUCCACCACGCCGCCGUGCCCGGCUCCGUCUUCAGCCUGGGUCUGCCCCUGGCCACGGCCAUCGCCAUUGCCAACAGCUGCAUGAACCCCAUUCUGUACGUCUUCAUGGGCCAGGACUUCAGAAAGUUCAAGGUGGCCCUCUUUUCCCGCCUGGUCAACGCUCUGAGUGAGGACACGGGCCACUCCUCCUACCCCAGCCACAGGAGCUUUACCAAGAUGUCGUCGAUGAACGAGAGGGAGACCAGCAUGCUUUGAGGCUCAUCUGGGAAGGCCCGAUGGACAGACACUCCGGCCUUGGAGGCCCCGAGCUCUGCCUUCUCAAGACCAUGGCAGAAACCUCUUCAGGACCCACUGAUGCCCGCUGUAGUCUGCACGGUGCUGACCUGCGUUUUGAGCUGGGAGUCCAGGGCCUGGAACUCCUUUCUUUGAGUGGCCCGGUGGACAGGGCAUGCCGUGUCCUCUCAACCUUGGACUCUCUCUGUGAGGACCUGGGGCCUGGGGGAGGCGGGGGAGGGAGAAGAGCUAAGGCCCUCAAAGGAGGCAGCCUGAAGGUGCUCACCCUCGAACUUCCCAGGGUGAUGGUGCUUUGGGGGCCACAGCUAUUUGGGGGAUGAGGGUGGUGCCAGCCCCUCGCCCCAGGCCCCCGCUCUCCCCUUGCCUUUGUUGCCGGAGGUCCGGGCCAUGGCGGGCAGCGCCACCCACAGCUUCCACCCCGUCCCCGGGGACUGUCCCUUCCUUCCCUGGCCCACUGGCUCUGACUGCCGGUGCUCAGAAUUAAGCACACCAGGUCAGGGGGCCAGGGAAGGAGGGCCUGUCCUCCUCAGCUUCCUCAAAGCCUUGCCAAAAUCAGCUUCAGGAAGCAACCUGGGAGCAUCCUGCAGGUUGAAGAGAAGGUCCAAGGGCUCAGUCACUGAACUCAGCAGAGCCUGCAGCCUGGGCCCUUGUCGUGUGCCUCUGAGAUGCAGGCCGUGGGGACGCCACAGGCGUGGAACCCCUCCACGUGCAGCCCUGUUGCCUUUUCUCAACGAGGACUGACACCUUCCUGUGCUACAGUGUCAUCGUCCCACUUAGAGAUGACAAAGCCGAGGCUCCGUGGGGGUGGGGCGGGGAGUAACUCACCCAGCGACGCGCAGCUAGCCAGAAGCAGAGUUAAGAUGUGAACCCAGCUCUGUCUGGCUCCAGAUCCUCUGGUUUUUUUUUUAAUGACGAUUGUAUCCAUUGAGAAUAUUCUAGACUCUCAUGAUAGCCUGCAUUUAUUAGCACCCUUUACCCUAAACACUGUCCAUGUAUUAUCUCGUGUAUUCCCCCUGGCAGGCCUGAGUUCGGUACACGUUAGUACUGCCCUUCUACAUAGGAGGGAUAGCUGAAGCUCAGAGAGGUUAAGUAACUUCCCUGAGGGCAUCCAGCAGGUCUCUGCCAGAACCUGGAUUUGAAACUAGGUCGGCCUGGCUCAAAGAAAGCUGCAGAAUCAGGGUUUGGAGAGAGACUUGGGGUUUUGACCAUAAAUAUUGAUUCCUCGGCAGAUUAAUAUAAACCUCUUAAUAACCCAUAAGCCAGCCUUGCAAACAGUUUUCCACAGUGACCCAACAUGGCAAAGAAAGUACACUCGGCCUCCAGUCCCCUGAUGCCCGUCCACUCGUGCCCACCAUGUUUCCCAUCUGCUGCACCCCCCGAGACCUCCAGGGAAGGCGGCGGGGGUACAAAAGCUGGGCCGGAGGCAGUCUCUGGUGGGCCCGAGGCCCUCUGGCCUCCCAGUGUCCACAUUCUCUUGUCUUCCACGUGUUGUCGUUGUGAAGCCAAUUCCCUGACAAGAUGCAAGGAACAGAUGUGAUGUCUACACAGCGCUGGGCAGGUUCCCGAGGCCAUGGGCUGUUUGGAAAUCACACCUCAUUAAGAGACAGACUGUUCCUUCCCUCCGUGGGUCAUUGCGCUUAUGAUGAGGCAGCUCGGAAUUGACCCCAAGUCUGGGCGUCCGGUGGCUUCAAGAAAUCUAAACUUGGGCCAUCGGAGAGCAAAAAACGGAGCUUGAAAGCUUGCCCAGUGCUUCUUGUCACCUCCCACCGCAGCGGCACAGGUGAAGUGGCUAAGGCACGAGACUGCAUGGGACGUCAGGCCCCAGAGACGGUCCUCAACCACCCAGGCUCUGAACCCCAGGUGCUGCUUGCUCGGGCUGGGGCCCUCGCUCCUCCUGGGCUGCAUGCUGGCCGGGCCGGGCCAGGGAGCCAGGAACUCAUUUUGUCCUUGGAAAAGCUGAUGAACAGGAGUAAAAUUCAAACCAGCUGUUUCCUCCUUAGGGUCAGGCCGCUUCCUGGCUGCCCCACCAGGAGUUUCUCAUUAAAUCCUGAAAUGCAACCAUGACAUCCUCCUGCAUCUUGUCCUUGUUAAGGACAAAGUUGCUUUUGAAUAAAGAGACUGAGGUGAGAGUGGGGCGCUGAGCUGGACGUUCCUGCCCCCCAAACCCCUUUGCCAUCCUCCUCUACGUCAGAACAGCAGGCCAGGCUCAGAGAAGUGCAGCGUGCUGUCCAAAGUCACAUAGCAGUGCUGGGAGGCAGCAGCAGGAGGAAGCCUGAACCUCCCUACCAGUCCCCAAAUUUAGGACUUCAAAGAAUCUGCAUUUUGAAAAGCAUUCCCUCCACUUAUUUCAAUUUCUUAGCAGCCAAGGACAGUAGGUUGUUAGUAACUGACUCAAGAUAGCCCCCACCCACCCACCCAGCCAGCCAUUUACAUAACCACACCCACCCAGCCAGUCAUUUACAUAACCAUUUCUAAACCCACCCAUUCAUCCAUGCCCUAAAAAUCUAUUUACCACCUUCUCUUUGCCACUGCUGUGGUAGGCACCGGGAAUGCAAGGGUGAGCAGGGCAUACACAGCCUCUGUCCUCAGGAGCUCCUCCAUUGGUUAGUGGGAGAGACAGCCAAUAGUUUUUUAAAAACCGCACCCUUAAUAGAAAACUGCCACGCUAAGCGCUACACACCUAUUAGAGAGAGAUCUGAGCCUGUCCAAAGACCAGGGAAACCUCCUCGGGGAAGAGACGCUUGAGUUGCGACGUGUAGGAUGGGUAGGUGCUGAUUCGGUGGCAGGAGUGGAGGGGGGGGAGUGGGAGAGGGUGCUCCAGGUGGCCGGAACAGCACGGGAGGAGAGAGUGAUGGCGAGGGACUGAAGGGGAUGGGGGCUGCCGCCCAGGGAGUAGAAUGAGCCCAGAGCAGAUAGGAUGGAGAAGAGAGCAGGGGGGCCCGUGGGCAGGGCAGGCCACGCUCCGAUCUGCAUCUUGCCAUGAUGCCCAAUGCCCGGGGCUGCUCUGGGCAGGGCAGGAUGGGAAGGGCCGAAGGGGAAGCCGGGAGGAUGGGAGCAGAGGUAGAGCUCCAGAGAAGUGGACUAUUCAAGAGAUACCUAAAAGCUACCCAAGCUCUCUCAGGGGAGCCGUGAGCGGGAAGCCAACCCAGGGCCCAUUUCAGCUGCACAGAGACCUCGGAGCAUUGCUUUAUUGAUGGAAAUUAAUUGUAAAUAUUAUUCAAAUUUACCUCCCAGUGCACAAUUACAUUUCUCAGGGGAGCCCUCUGAGCACAUAAUAAAGCCCUAUAAAUAAUACAUAUAUUAACCUAAGAGGAACAGAGGCAUAUUAAUGUGCACUUGUGGGCGGCGGCUGGGGUGAAUUUAGGCAGACAAGACGCUAAGUGCUUGGACUAGGGUUUGACUUUGGAGGUCACCCGAGCUCUGUCCCGGGGAGCUUCCGGAAGUCUCUCCCCCCGGGGGGGCAGCCAGUUACUGCCCAAAGGCCUGGUCAAUGGGCAGGUGCAGGCAAGGAGACAGGUAGUCAAGGGUGCAGGAAGCACAGGUGCAUUGGACGCUUAUCUUGUGCCCAAAGCUUCAAGAAAGCACGACCCCUAAUAAUAAUAGUAGGUCAUAUUAAUUGAGCAUGCCCGGGGUUUGGGUAUCCUCCAAGUGCUUUGGUCUCAUUAUCUCAUUGAAUCCUUACGACAAACUUUGUGGUAGCAGCCAUUCCUAGCCCCAUUCGCCGUGAGGAAAUGAAGGUUCAGAGAGGUGCAGUGUCUUGCCCAGCGUCACACAGCUAAUAAGUGACAGAGCUAGGAUUCCAACCCAAGUGUGUUUGACUCGAAAGCAACUUGGAAACACAGACUGUCCUCUAACAAGACUCCUCCCUGGAGAGAGGUAGGCAAGCAUACGCUCUCUGUCCAGUGUCAGAUUUUAAGGAGGUGGAAACCAGGGGUGGGGGGGAUCUGACGGAUUGCUUUUUCCUCUCGGAGGAAGGAAAUGGUGUCUGGAUGGGCUUGUCAUUUCCUCACAGCCCUAGGAAUCUUAAAAACCACAUCCCUUCCCAUCCCCCCCCUCCUUUUACAGACAGUGAAACUGAGGUUCUUUGCAGAUCAGAAUGGGACCUCCCACCUCCCUGACUGUUGGGACAUGAGCUGCAUGGGAAAAUGCCCACGUGAGCCACUUUUCUGAGCACCGCUGUUCUAGAACAGACCUGGGCGUUCACCGAGCUGCCAGUUUGUCAGUCAGGGCUUUGGUGCUGAGCGGCCCCGAAGGACCCCUGCUCGGGAUCUGGGGGGGGGGGGGGGGGGCGUCAUUGGGGCAUUUCCAGUGGAAUCCUAUAAAGGGAAAGCAGGGGACCUUGGGAAACCCUGGUACAGGGCAGAGACAGGCCAUGUUUGUUAUCCCUCACAGGUGUCCUGCAUAGGGGUGACGAUGCGCUCUAUCUGGAUCUAGGUGGUAGGUACGUGGCUAUCUUCAUCAAACAUCCGUCAUUUGUCUAUACAUAUAUGAUUAUUGCACUUUACUGUAGUAAGUUAGGCCUCAAUAAAAGUAUUUUGAAAAAUAAAUUUUAAAAUGUAAAA